AUGCGAGGUAAGGCCUCAGCUGAUUUUCAUUUUGACGCAGAACCCGAAAGAUCUUUGCGAGCUAGACUUCGACAAGCUAAACGAGAAAGACUGGCAGAACCAGAAAGCGAGGAAGAAAUCAUUGUUCACUCCGAACAUUCGGAUUCUGAGUCAGACACAGGUUCACAACCAGAAAUUCAUAUCAUGGCUGACUUACCUCCUCCAGAAAGACUCUUGGGAGAUUAUGGUAGAGAAAAUAAUCCAGCAGGGAGAUUGACAAUAGUAAAUCAACCGGUAAAUGUUGCUCACUUUCAGUUGCACCCAUCAACCAUUCGUCAGCUGGAAAGUAAACCGUUUUCAGGAAAAGUCAAUGAAGAUGCCAACAAGCACCUACAAAAAUUCCUGACAAUGACCACAUCAUUAAAAAUUGAGGGGCACUCAGAAGAAGCAAAACGGUUGGUUAUGUUUCCCUUUACCUUAUCUGAGGACGCCGAAGAAUGGUUUUAUUCCCUACCUGCAGGAACUGCCGGUGGAUCAACUAAUUUCGCGACACCUUCUGGUAUUAAGAAGAUUAUUGAGGCUAUUGCUGCUAACGAGCAUUUGGAGCUCUAUGAUCGUACUGUGAGCCAACCUGAAGGAAAAAUUGAUUUAAAAUUGGCAAAUCAGGUUGUGAACAUGGAAGAUCAAAUUAAAGCUGAAGUGGAAAGAAGACUGAAAGGUAUGCACUUAGGUACUCAAACGGUAGCUCAAGUUCAACCCGCUCAAGCGAUGGUUUGUGAAAUCUGUGCUGGACCACACUUUGCCAUUCAUUGUAUUGCUACUGCAGAACAAGUGGAGGGUAUAAAGUUCUUGAGGCAGAAUAAUCCCUAUUCCAACACUUAUAAUCCAGGGUGGAAGAAUCAUCCAAAUUUUUCGUGGAAGGAUCAACAGGGUAAUGUCCAAAAGCAAAUCCCUCAACAACAACAGUACAUGCCUCAACAACCACCUUACCAGCAACAAUAUCACACACCUCAGCAAUCCUAUCAGCAACAAGGGCCAAAGAAAGCAGAUUGGGAGAUUGCCAUUGAAAAAAUGGCAAUGCAGAAUGUUAAAUUCCAGGAAGAGACAAGGGACAACCAAAAGAACACUAAUGCUUCUAUCAAAAAUCUUGAACUUCAACUUGGGCAGAUAGCACAGCAGAUCACGAGCUCUCAAGCACCAGGUGCUUUACCAAGUGCAACUGUGACAAACCCGAGAGAGCAUAAUAAUGUGAGUGCAGUAACUACAAGAAGUGGAAAAGCAACUGAAGUUCUUGAAAAGAAAGUUGAAGAAGAAGAUACACUACUUGAAGUGGAUUUGGAAAUCUUAGAAAAUAAAACAACCCCAACGGAAGAAGUCAUAGUGAAGCCAGCUGUGAAGGAAAAGUCCAAUGAGCAAAAACCCAUAAUAAAGCUCCCAUUCCCACAAAGGAACAAGAAGCAGAAGCAGGACGAGAAAAAUUUUCAGAAGUUUGUAGAAAUGUUCAGGAAGUUGGAAAUCAACAUCCCAUUCUCUGAGGCACUUGAGCAAAUGCCUAUCUAUGCCAAAUUCAUGAAGGACAUCAUAUCCAAGAAGCGCACCACCGACACUGACUCUGUUAUACUAACUGAAACUUGUAGUGCUAUUUUGCAGGGUAUGAAGAUUCCAGUUAAAAAACCAGAUAGAGGCUCGGUUACUAUUCCUUGCACCAUUGGAGAUAGAUCCUUUAAAAGGGCUCUGAUUGAUUUGGGGGCUAGUGUGAGCCUUAUGCCUUUGUCCAUCUACAGGAAGCUCGGGAUUGGAAGAGUUCAAGACACCAGAAUGACACUUCAAUUUGCUGAUCACUCGGUGAAAAAGCCCUAUGGGAUUGUUGAAGAUGUUCUGGUUAAAGUUGAUAAAUUUGUUUUUCCUGUUGAUUUUGUAAUUCUGGAAAUGCCAGAAGAUGAGGAGAUACCCCUGAUCUUGGGUAGACCAUUUUUAGAGACGGGUAGGUGUAUGAUAGACAUUGAGAAUGGUACUAUGACUCUUAAGGUUUAUGAUGAGGAGCUGAAAAUUAAUGUGAGAAGCACUAUGAAGCACAAAGAGGAUGUAGGUACAAAUCACUCAGUGGAAGUGAUUAAUCAGAUAGUAGCCGAUAACAUUCAGAGUAGUUUUCCAGAAUCACCUUUAGAAAGAGUUCUGUGUUUGUCAACUGAGGAGAUGGAGGAGAGUGAUAAUGAGAAGGAAAAAGAAAUUCUUGCUCUUUUUGAUGCACAACCACCUUGGUUGAAAUCCAAACCACACCGGUGGGAGGAUUUAAGAGGUUCACCGGAAAUAGAAGAUAAAAAGGAAAACAAAACAGGUACAAGUUCUGAGUUAAAACAACUUCCUGUUAAUCUUAAAUAUGUUUUCCUAGAAUCUGGAGAAAAAUGUCCUGCUAUUAUCAAUUCUGAGUUAAAUGAAAAAGAUGAAGAAAAGUUGAUACAGGUACUUAAGAAACAUAAGAGUGCUAUUGGUUGGACUAUCGAGGAUAUUAAAGGAAUUAGCCCCACGGUAUGCAUGCAUAAAAUACUGAUGGAGGAUAACCAGAAACCGGUUGUGCAACCUCAAAGGAGGUUAAAUCCAGCAAUGAAAGAGGUAGUAAGGAAAGAAGUGGUAAAGUUGUUGGAUGCAGGAUUAAUUUAUCCUAUUUCAGAUAGUUCUUGGGUGAGUCCAGUACAUGUGGUACCUAAGAAAGGAGGAACCACAGUGAUCUUGAAUGAAAAAAAUGAGCUGAUUCCAACUCGCACAGUAACAGGGUGGCGAGUAUGCAUUGAUUACAGAAGACUCAACACUGCGACAAGGAAGGAUCAUUUUCCUCUUCCGUUUAUUGAUCAGAUGUUAGAGAGACUUGCAGGGUAUGAGUAUUACUGUUUUCUGGAUGGAUAUUCGGGGUACAAUCAGAUUGCUGUAGCCCCAGAAGAUCAGGAGAAGACUGCCUUCACAUGCCCUUAUGGUAUUUUUGCUUACAGACGGAUGCCGUUUGGGUUAUGCAAUGCCCCAGCUACUUUUCAGAGAUGUAUGACAUCUAUAUUUGCCGACAUGCUUGAAAAGCAUAUGGAGGUGUUUAUGGAUGAUUUUUCUGUUUUUGGUUCUUCUUUUGAUAUUUGUUUGGCUAACUUAUCUCUUGUUUUGAAAAGGUGUCAGGAAACUAACCUUAUUCUCAAUUGGGAGAAAUGCCAUUUUAUGGUGCAGGAGGGUAUCGUGCUUGGCCACAAGAUUUCCCAUAAAGGAAUUGAAGUGGACAAAGCCAAAGUGGAGGUGAUAGCUAACCUUCCACCCCCUGUGAAUGAAAAGGGGAUAAGGAGCUUUAUAGGACAUGCAGGCUUCUAUCGCAGGUUUAUCAGAGACUUCUCAAAAGUAGCCAAACCAUUAACUGAUUUGCUUGUUAAAGAUAAGCCCUUUAAUUUUGAUGGUAAUUGUUUGGCAGCUUUUGAGACUUUAAAGAGUAAGUUGAGUACUGCACCUGUUGUAAUAGCCCCCGAUUGGUCAUUACCUUUUGAAAUAAUGUGUGAUGCUAGUGACAUUGCUGUGGGGGCUGUUUUGGGACAAAGAAAGGACAAAUUACUACAUGUGAUAUAUUAUGCUAGUCAUGUCCUUAAUCCGGCCCAAAUGAACUAUGCAACUACCGAAAAGGAGUUGUUGGCCGUGGUUUAUGCUUUUGACAAAUUCAGGUCUUAUUUACUUGGGUCUAAGGUUAUUGUUUAUACUGAUCAUGCUGCUUUAAAGUAUUUGUUUGCUAAGCAGGAAUCCAAACCAAGACUGUUGAGAUGGAUACUUCUCCUUCAGGAAUUUGAUCUUGAAAUCAAAGAUAAAAAGGGGUGUGAGAAUACAGUUGCAGAUCACUUAUCUCGCAUGAACCCGAUUAAGGAAACUGAAGAGGAGCAUCCAAUCCAAGACACAUUUGCUGAUGAGAGAAUCCUAGCGGUGACUGGAACUCCAUGGUUUGCUGACUAUGCCAAUUACUUGGUAGGUGGAGUUAUACCUGAUGAUUUUAGUGCUCACCAAAAGAAAAAGUUUCUCUAUGAUUGCAGGUUUUAUUUGUGGGAUGACCCAUUCCUAUACAAAAGGGGAGUGGAUGGCCUAAUCAGAAGGUGUAUUCCCGAAGGAGAGCAGAGAGAUAUACUGAAGGCUUGUCACGAUUCCGAGUAUGGAGGACACUUUAGUGGAGAUAGAACAGCAGCAAAAGUCCUCCAAUCCGGGUUCUAUUGGCCUACGCUAUUCAAGGAUGCCUAUUACUUGGUCCGAGAAUGUGACAGAUGCCAAAGAACAGGUAACAUCACGAGGAGAAACCAGAUGCCACAGAAUUCAAUGUUAGAGGUAGAGCUGUUUGAUGUGUGGGGUAUUGAUUUUAUGGGACCGUUUCCACCAUCAUUCGGAAAGAACUAUAUUUUGGUGGCGGUCGAUUAUGUGUCCAAGUGGGUAGAAGCUGUAGCAUUAGCCACAAAUGAUGCUAAAGUAGUUGUGAGCUUUCUUAGACACAAUAUCUUUUCCAGGUUUGGGGUACCAAGAGCCUUGAUUAGUGAUGAAGGCACUCACUUUCUGAAUAAGCUUAUGGAGAGUUUGCUAAAAAAAUACAAUGUGAAGCACAAGAUCGCAACACCAUAUCACCCUCAGACGAGUGGACAGGUAGAAGUGUCCAACAGGCAGAUCAAACAGAUAUUGGAAAAGACUGUUAGUGCUUCUAGGAAAGACUGGGCUGUGAAAUUGGAUGACGCGCUUUGGGCUUACAGAACAGCAUUCAAAACACCGAUAGGUAUGUCUCCGUAUCAGCUUGUUUAUGGUAAACCUUGUCAUUUGCCACUCGAACUCGAGCACAAGGCAUUUUGGGCCACCAAAUUCUUAAACCUCGAUCCCAAAACAGCUGAUGGUUCCCGAAUUCUCCAACUCCAUGAGUUAGAAGAAUUUAGGAACUAUGCGUAUGAAAAUGCCAAAAUAUAUAAAGAAAACACAAAAAAAUGGCAUGAUCAGAGGAUCGAGAAGAAAGAAUUUUGGGAAGGGCAGUUUGUUUUAUUGUUUAACUCCAGGUUGAAGCUGUUCCCUGGGAAAUUAAAGUCAAGGUGGUCCGGACCAUUCGUGGUCACGAAAGUAUUCCCUCAUGGAGCAGUGGAGGUUAAAAACCCAAGUAACGGGGAUAUUUUCAAAGUCAACGGACAGAGGUUACAUUGUUCUUUCUUCUCAACCACGGCCCCAUAUGAUCGUAACAGAUUCAGAUCUGCUGCACACUAUGCAAAGUUUGAGAGUUUAGCCACCAGAAACAUUAUUGAAGAAAGAUCCUGGACGUUAACACCCGAGGAACUACCUGAAGUCCAAACUGUUCUUCAAGAACAAAAGUUAACAUUUCUGAAUGAGCGGAUUAAACCUGUUAGCAGAGUUUUGAUCCAAGAAUUUUAUGCCAACGCCUUCAGGCCAGAAUCAGAGGUUGAUCCAGUGUUGGAAUCUCGAGUUCGGGGUAAAAGAAUAAACUUCAGUGCUGAUAAGAUUAAUCGGAUUCUGAAAUCACGACCCCUCGAGGAACAUUGUCACUAUCAAGAGAUGAAGAUGUCCAUGAGAAGAUUCUGGCCAUUUGACGAGAUGAAGAAUUUGUUGCUUCAAGAAGGAAAAGACUGGCACCCUACUACAAGAGCCUCGCCUUCAAAGAUGAUGGUGGUGGAUUUGGCCCCUAUUCCAAAAGCUUGGGCGUUCUUUGUCCAUCACACUCUGAGCACCAAUCAAAGCGGCUCUGAUUUAAUUGCUGAAAGAGCAAUGUUGCUAUAUUUUUUUCUGACCCACCGUCCUGUGAACAUUGGGCGGAUCAUCUCUUCUGAUAUGGACGACAUAGCGCAAUCUUCUUCAAAGAAAGCGCUCGGUCAUGCUUCUGUGAUUUAUUUGUUGUGCAGGAAAGCAGGCGUUCCAGAUCUUGAUGGACCGGUGGUUAGACCAGCUAAAUCCUUAGGGACGAGUUGGUUGUCUCUCGUUGCUCCUCACAACACUCAGGCUGAAGAACCUAGAGAUGAUGGUUCAGGACCGAGUGGCACAGCUAGACCUGAGAACACCACCCCCGCACCAGAGAGUACUACUGCUCCAGAUGCUUCUGCAUCUGUUCCAUCAUCUUUACCUGCAGAUAUGAUGGAUGAAAACUCUCGGUUGUAUCGGUUUAUGAUGUCAGGUUGGUGUCUGUGGCAAGACCAGUGCCUGCAGAUGGGGAUUCCAGCACGCUAUAUGUGUCACCAGACUGAUUUGUGGAAUGAUGCUCAGCGCUUCCGUGAUCGUUAUUCGGGCACUUCAGAUGAUCCGUCUUUUGGGAUCGUUCGCAUGCCGGGAUUUCCUGCACCAUUUCAGAUGGGGGGGCCCUUUAUCCCGCAGGAACAGCCACAUCAGCAAAACCCUGACCCACAGCCGAAUGUAUCCCCAAUAGAUGCAUUUGUUCAGGGGACACCUUUUGAUAUCGAUGAGCACAUCAGUUAUGAUGCGGAUAUGCAGGACAGAGAUGGAAGAACCGACACAUAG